CGCACCCGGCACCCGCCGCCGCGCCGCGGACCAUGGACCUGCCCAGGGGCCUUGUGGUGGCCUGGGCGCUCAGCCUGUGGCCAGGGUUCACAGACACCUUCAACAUGGACACCAGGAGGCCCCGGGUCAUCUCCGGCCCCAGUACCGCCUUCUUUGGCUACACGGUGCAGCAGCAUGAGAUCAGUGGCAAGAAGUGGCUGGUUGUGGGCGCCCCGUUGGAAACAAACGGCCACCAGAAGACAGGAGAUGUGUACAAGUGUCCGGUGAUCCACGGGAACUGCACCAAGCUCAACCUGGGAAGGGUCACCCUGUCCAACGUGUCCGAGCGGAAGGACAACAUGCGCCUCGGCCUGAGCCUCGCCACCAACCCCAAGGACAACAGCUUCCUGGCCUGCAGUCCCCUCUGGUCCCACGAGUGUGGAAGCUCCUACUAUACCACGGGAAUGUGUUCGUGGGUCAACUCCAACUUCAGGUUCUCCAAGACCGUGGCCCCAGCCCUCCAAAGGUGCCAGACCUACAUGGACAUCGUCAUUGUCCUGGAUGGUUCUAACAGCAUCUACCCCUGGGUGGAGGUUCAGCACUUCCUCAUCAACAUCCUGAAGAAAUUCUACAUCGGGCCUGGGCAGAUCCAGGUUGGAGUUGUUCAGUAUGGAGAAGACGUGGUGCAUGAGUUUCACCUCAAUGACUAUAGGUCUGUAAAGGACGUGGUAGAAGCUGCCAGCCACAUUGAGCAGAGAGGAGGAACAGAGACUCGGACAGCACUUGGCAUAGAAUUUGCUCGUUCAGAGGCUUUCCAGAAAGGUGGAAGGAAAGGGGCCAAGAAGGUGAUGAUUGUCAUCACAGAUGGGGAGUCUCACGACAGCCCUGACCUGAAGAAGGUGAUCCAGCAAAGCGAGAGAGACAAUGUCACCAGAUACGCUGUGGCCGUCCUUGGCUACUACAACCGCAGAGGCAUCAACCCAGAAACUUUUCUAAAUGAAAUCAAAUACAUCGCCAGCGACCCUGAUGAAAAGCACUUCUUCAAUGUCACCGAUGAGGCGGCCCUGAAGGACAUUGUCGAUGCCCUGGGGGACAGGAUCUUCAGCCUGGAAGGCACCAACAAGAAUGAAACAUCCUUUGGACUAGAAAUGUCACAGACGGGCUUCUCCUCACACGUGGUGGAGGACGGGAUUCUGCUGGGAGCUGUGGGCGCCUAUGACUGGAACGGAGCGGUGCUAAAGGAGACCAGUGGCGGGAAGGUCAUUCCUCACCGUGAGUCCUACCUGAAGGAGUUCCCUGAGGAGCUCAAGAACCACGGUGCCUACCUGGGGUACACAGUCACAUCGGUCGUGUCCUCCAGGCAGGGGCGGGUAUACGUGGCCGGAGCGCCCCGGUUCAACCACACGGGCAAAGUCAUCCUGUUCACCAUGCACAACAACCAGACCCUCACCAUCCACCAGGCUCUGCGGGGCGAGCAGAUAGGCUCUUACUAUGGGAGUGAGAUCACCUCAGUGGACAUUGACGGCGAUGGUGUGACCGACAUCCUGCUGGUGGGCGCACCCAUGUACUUCAGCGAGGGCCGGGAGCGGGGCAAGGUGUACAUCUACAACCUGAGACAGAGUCAGUUUGUCUAUAAUGGAACACUGAAGGAUUCCCACAGUUACCAGAAUGCCCGAUUCGGGGCCUCCAUUGCCUCGGUUCGAGACCUGAAUCAGGAUUCCUACAACGACGUGGUGGUGGGAGCCCCUUUGGAGGACAACCAUGGAGGAGUCAUCUACAUCUUCCAUGGCUUCCAAGGCAGCCUCCUAAAGAAGCCUAAGCAGAGAAUCUCGGCCUCCGAGCUAGCUCCAGGCCUCCAGUAUUUUGGCUGCAGCAUCCACGGGCAACUGGACCUCAAUGAGGAUGGGCUUGUGGACCUGGCAGUGGGUGCCCUUGGCAACGCCGUGAUCUUGUGGUCCCGCCCUGUGCUGCAGAUCAAUGCCAGCCUCCACUUUGAGCCACCCAAGAUCAACAUCUUCCACAGGGACUGUAAACGCAGUGGCAGGGACGCCACCUGCCUGGUUGCCUUCCUCUGCUUCACGCCUGUCUUCCUGGCACCCUAUUUCCAAAUGGAAACUGUUGGCCUCAAGUACAACGCCACCAUGGACGAGAGACGGUACACACCACGGGCCCACCUGGACGAGGGCGGGGACCGAUAUACCCACAGGUCUGUCCUGCUCUCCUCUGGCCAAGAGCACUGUGAGCGGAUCAGCUUCCACGUCCUGGAUACCGCUGACUACGUGAAACCAGUAACCUUCUCAGUAGAGUAUGCCCUGGAGGCCGCCGACCACGGACCCAUGCUGGACGACGGCUGGCCCACUACCCUCAGAGUCUCGGUGCCCUUCUGGAAUGGCUGCAAUGAGGAUGAGCACUGUGUCCCCGAUCUCGUGUUGGAUGCUCGGAGCGACCUGCCCACAGCCAUGGAGUACUGCCAGAGGGUGCUGCGGAAGCCUGUGCAGGACUGCUCGGCCUACACGCUGUCCUUUGACACCACGGUCUUCAUCAUCGAGAGCACGCGCCGCCGGGUGGCAGUGGAGGCCAUGCUGGAGAACAGGGGCGAGAACGCCUACAGCACAGCCCUGAACAUUUCACAGUCAGCAAACCUGCAGUUCGCCAGCUUGAUCCAGAAGGACGACUUUGAUGGCAGCAUCGAGUGCGUGAACGAGGAACGGAGAUUCCACAAGAAAGUCUGCAAUGUCAGCUACCCCUUCUUCCGGGCCAAGGCCAAGGUGUCAUUCCGUCUAGAUUUUGAGUUCAGCAAAUCUGUCUUUCUGCACCAUCUGGAGAUCCAGCUUGCUGUGGGCAGUGACAGUGACGAGCAGGAGAGCACCAAGGAAGACAACACGGCCCUCCUGCGUUUCCACCUCAAAUAUGAGGCCGACAUCCUCUUCACAAGGCGCACCAGUCUGAGCCACUACGAGGUCAAGUCCAACAGCUCACUUGAAAGAUAUGAUGGCAUGGGCCCUCCCUUCAACAGCACCUUCAAGAUCCAAAACUUGGGCUUGUUCCCCAUCCACGGGGUGAUGAUGAAGAUCACCGUUCCCAUCGCCACCAGGGGCGGCAGCCGCUUGCUGAUGCUGAAGGACGUCCUCACCGACCAGGGAAACGUGUCCUGCAAUGUCUGGGGGAACAGCACUGAGUAUCGGCGCACCCCGGCAGAGGAGGACUUGAGUCACGCCCCACAGCUGAAUCACAGCAACUCUGAUGUCGUCUCCAUCAACUGCAACGUGAGGCUGGCCCCUAACCAGGAAAUCAAUUUCCACCUGCUGGGGAACCUGUGGUUGACGUCCCUAAAAGCACUCAAGUACAAGUCCAUGAAAAUAACGGUCCACGCGGCCCUGCAGCGGCAGUUCCACAGUCCCUUCAUCUUCCGUGAGGAGGACCCCAGCCGCCAGAUCGUGUUUGAGAUCUCAAAGCAAGAAGACAUGGAGAUCCCCAUCUGGAUCAUUCUGGGCAGCACACUGGGGGGCCUCCUGCUCCUGGCCCUACUGGUCUUGGCACUGUGGAAGGUAAAAACGUCCAAGAUUGGCCUAACGCGCGCCUGGGAGAUGAGUGAAGAAAGACUUGAAUAUGGAGCAAAGCCUCGUGUUAGAGCAGCGUUUCUCUCCUGGGAGCUUUAAAAAAACACCGAUUUGAGGGCCCUGCCCCAGGGAUUCAGAUUUAAUUGGUUGAGGUGUGGUCAGGGCAUCAUUUUUGUUUUAAAAUCUGCGUUCCCCCGGUGAUUCUAAUGCCUGAGAGCUGAGAUCAACAAGUGAACGUACAGACUGGAAGAUGAAGAACCGGGGCUAACGUGCGUGGGUGACCUUCUAUGAUGAAUACUGGGAAUUACUGUCAUCAUGUGUGUUGUCAAGUUAACCACACUCCAACCUGGUGCUUGGAAGACCUUUUUGUUACAGCAAAUUUCCAGGCUGGGAUUUGCUCUUUGACCCACUUUUCCAAGAUGAGAAGUUAGGGGACUCCUGGAGGAGCUGGGCACGUUGGCACUGUCUGGGAGGGGAGUUGAGGAACAGUCUCUGAAACAACUUUAGUAUUUAGAGGCAAGCAGCCCAAAACACGACCUCGAGUCAACAUUUAAAUGCAUAUUUGGUUCAUAAGUGGAUGUUAUUAACAAUGUUCUAUCUAGUAACUAAGAAUAAUUAUUUAUGAUGGAGCUAAAGGCUAAGCUCAGAGUGUUAACAUGGAAAUUAAACCAACUUAAAAAUGGUUCGGACUUUUCCAGUCAUUAUUGGCCCACCUUAGACACUGAACAAGCUGCCUUGAUUUUCAUGUGGCCACAAGAUACUUAGGCGAGUCUGCAGCAAACUUAAGUGCACAGGAGAAAACGUGUCUGGCACAAGGUCUGACCCUUAUAAACCAAGUUACCAACAAAAGGUGGCUUUAGAAUUUGGUCCAUGGGUGUCACAAUGUCUGAGGUCUGUCUAGUAGUGGUGAUGGACCUCAGACAGGGAGCUGUGAAGGGAGCUGUGAAAGAUGUCUUGGGUGGCUUGACUGUUGACUCUAACGAGUCAGCUUGUAGAGGAGCCUGGCCUUAGGAGACCCCACCACAGGAUGUAGGAAGGUCCCAGAGAAGAAACAGAAGCUGAGGGACAGACCUAGGGUAGAUUCAAAAAGGCCUCAGGCCCUGGAGCUAUUAUGCAGUGUUCUCUGGGGAAGUGAGCAUCAAAUUCUGGCAUCCUUCAGUUCCCUCCACGAGCUGAAAGAAGGAGUCCAAACACGAGUGUUGCUUCUUUCUGGCAUUACAUGGUGUGGGCAUGCAAGCUCAGCAGAUAAGUUGUGUCUCAUAGGGUAAGCCGUCUACCCAGAGCUAGCUGCUCAAGGCGGAGUCUCAGAGCCACCCCAUCAAAACCAGACUCCUAAGUUCCACCCAGCCCAGACCUCACAGAUACACAUUCUA